AUGCCGCCGAAGAAAGGCACUAAAGCGAAAGCGACGCCUGCGAAAGCCGCAGCCGCCGCGCCAGAGAUGCCGGCCACUGUGACAAACAGCAGAGGCAAGGAGUUCGAAACGACAGCAGCAGCUGGACGCUCACGUCGCGCGACUGCCGCCGUGCCGAAUACAUCGGCGCCGCGUGCGAAGAAGGCUGCUACUACCUCGAAGAAGACGGCACCAGCUGCGCCGACGACGACAGCGACCGGCAAGAAGCGCGGCAGGCCGGCGAAGGCGCCGGUCGAAGAGGAAGAAGAGGAAGAGGAAGACGCGCCGGAACCGCCGAAGAAGCGUGGACGCCCAUCGAAGGCGCCAGUUGAAGAAGUUGAAGACGUUGCGCCGACGCCACCAAAGAAGCGCGGUCGCCCAGCUAAGAAUGCGCCUGCUGUCGCGGUCGCUGAGAAGGCCCCACCGAAGAAGCGUGGCAGGCCGCCGAAGGGAGGAGAGACUACCAAGAUCGCGGCAGACGACGAUGCGGCUGCUGAGCAGCUUGAAGAGGAGCUCGUCGACGAGGCUGAGGGUGCUGAGGACGGCACAAGUAAGCAGAUAUCAUCUCCUAAGAAGCGCGGACCGGGCAGGCCUCCCAAAGCCAAGGGUAAAGACAAGGCCAAGAAGACUGUCGCCGCGGCUGCUGCUUCCAAUGAAGACGCUGCUGAGGAGGUGGUCGAAGAGGAUGAGGAAGAGCAGGACGUCUCCACCGACAGGAACUAUUGGCUGAUGAAGGCGGAGCAGGAGGAUAGGCUCGAGACCUUGGGGGAUGGGAGCGAGUACAACGCGAAGUUCACGAUCGACGAUCUUCGCGAGAAGGGCGGUCCUGAGCCGUGGGAUGGCGUGCGCAACGCAACGGCUUGCAAGAACAUGAAGGAGAUGAAGCUGGGCGACCUUGCGUUCUUCUACGCUAGCGGCGGGAAGAAGGGCAGGCUGCCAGGCAUCGUCGGAAUCAUGGAGAUCGUCAAGGAGGCGGAGGCUGAUCCGGGCGCGUUCGAUGAGAACAACGCCUACUAUGUCAAGAAUGCGAAGACGCGUGGCACGGAGGCUAAUCCGCGCUGGUUCAUGGUGCAUGUGGAGUUCCGCAAGAAGCUCACGAAGCCAGUGACCCUCAAGGAGCUCCAGAAGUACACCAUGGAGGGAGGCAAGCUGGCGAAUAUGCAGGAGAUGAAGGCGGCUCGACUGAGUGUAUCGAAAGUGACGCGAGAGGAGUGGGAGUUCAUCACCGAUAAGCUUAUCGAGGGCUAUGAAGACCAGGACGAGGAAGGGUUCGCUGCGGUGGCGAAUGGCACCACGGGCGUGAAGGCCGAUGAGGAUGUCGACAUGGCUGAUGCCGCUGCCGGCGAAGAGGCUGGCGCGCUUCCAACUAGCACCACCAACGUGCCCGAUAUCCAGGAGACCACCGAAGACGCCGAGAUACCAACCACGGACUCUCUCACUCUUGCUCCAGACACCACCGCCACCUCCUCCCGCCCAAGCUCUCGUGUCGGCUCCAAGAAAUCAGCUUCUCGCGCAGUCUCACGCGCAGCUUCGGCGAAGCCAGCCUCUCGCGCCGGCAGUCUUGCUCCACCAGGCCCUGCUGCUCGUGGUCGCAGCCGUACGCCGUCGACUCAAGUCGCUGAGGAGGGAGGACAGGGACUGGGUGCUAUUGAUGAGUGA